CCAAAUACUUAAAUUAAAUUUACUCUAGGAAUGGAUUCUCAAGAUAUUUUUCUUUAUUUACAACUGCGUCGAUUUUGUUUUGUCGAGAAUCUGCUUGUUACAACCUUUCGUUUGCAUCGGCCGCUCCCUGCCAGCAGAUGUCGCUUGAGCACCACAAAUACUGUCUGUAAACUACACUGUAUAACGACGUUCAAAGUGUUUUCUUUUGGAUGAUACCGUAUAGAGAGAAACUCUCGCAGAAUUCCCGGAGAGCAGCUCCACAUCACCGUGGCAGGAGGUGCUCGAGAUGACUUUCGCACACAGGUGUUUGUUUUUACUGUGUCUGGCAGCCUUCCAUCCCACUCGAGCUGCGGUGCAGACAUGCAUGGACAAGCACCAGGUCGUCGGGGUCCUCCGACAAAUGGAGAAGUUCCUAAAAGGUCAGGAGAUGCGGUUCACAGAAGGCCUGCGGAUUAUGAAGUCCAAACUGGCGACUCUUCAGAAUUCCGUCUCCAAGUUGCCUCAGGCUGACCAGUCGGCCGCUCCCACCACCUGCCCCGCCCUGGAGGAGCCUUUGCAUGGAACCAAGUUCGGCUCAAAGUAUUUGGUGGGACAUGAGGUCCACUUCAUCUGCUCUCAAGGCUACUCCCUGGCUGGUUCUGCCACGCGUGUGUGCCGGGACAACGGCACCUGGAGUGGCAUCAGUGCGGCCUGCAAAGACAUCAGCGAGUGUGCAAGCAACCCCUGCCAAAAUGGAGGCACGUGUGUGGAGGGUGUGAACCAGUACAAGUGUAGCUGCCCGCCGAGCUGGAGCGGAUCCCACUGCCAGCACCAAACUCAGACAGCACCGCCGGAGUGGAGCGUGGUGAACGAUCCCGCGUUCAGCCGGAAACCCCGGUGCGCUCAGGUGAACCAGGCCCAACACUGCAGCUGCGACGCCGGCUUCCACAUGAGCGGCACCUCAGACAGCAGCAUCUGUCAGGACGUCAACGAGUGUGAGGUUUACCGACUGGACCAAGGAGGGAAGCUGUGCAUCCACGAGUGUGUCAACGUCCCCGGCUCCUACCACUGCUCCUGCCCCAGAGGCUACAAGCUGCUCGCUGACGGGCGGAGCUGUGAGGAUGUGGAUGAGUGUUUAAGCCAGCAGCACAACUGUAGCCGAGGGACUACUUGUAUCAACACGGGUGGAGGUUUCCAGUGUGUCAACCCGGAGUGUCCACGUUCCCAUGGCAACGUCAGCUACGUCAAGACUUCUCCCUUCCAGUGUGAGAGGAACCCCUGCCCCAUGGAAAGUCGCUCCUGCCACCUGGCCCCGAAGACCUUCUCCUUCCACUAUCUGUCACUGCCCUCCAGCCUGAAGACCCCAGCAACUCUCUUCCGCAUGGCGACGGCGACAGCCCCCGGGCGCACGGGGCCCGACAGCCUUCGCUUUGGUAUCGUGGGGGGGAACUCCAGGGGCACUUUUGUCAUGCAGCGGUCGGACAGACAGACCGGUGAGCUGAUUCUGGUACAGCAGUUGCGCGGACCACAGCAGAUCAGCGUGGACGUGGACAUGUCCGAAUAUAUGGACCGUACUUUUCAGGCUAAGCACGUAGCCAGAGUUCACGUUCUAGUUUCUCAGUACAACUUCUAAGAGAGGCCACACGACCUGAUCAGCUCCACCCCCCAGUAGCGAGUCACUUGUUAGUGACCGUGUCUCCAGUUUGAGAGAAGCAAGACUACACCAAGUAAUCGCAGCAUAAAACAUUUUACUGCUGAAUGUACUGACCAAACGCCGAAUUGAUGAUUUAGAAGUGAAGAAUCUUGGUACGGGAGUCGUUGAUGCUCAUUUCUAUGUUGUCAUCCAUAAUAUUUUGUAAAUUUGUAUUUUUCUUUUUGUACUGUAGCAUUGUUAGCAAAUGUCAUUCAUUCUAAGGGAGUUUUUGUAAACGGUACACGUUUCUUUACCGUUACCUUUUGUUUGAAGUAAUCUGAUUGUACACAAAGGCUGGUUCGGCAAGCUACAACUAUGGGACGUAGACUUUUCUACACAACUGAAAUAA